AUGAGAAGAAAACAUUCUGUUUCUGAGAUAAAAAGGAUGAGAAGAGAAAAUAUAACAUUCAGAGAUUAUAUAGAAAAAAUGCAAACCGAAAACACUAUGAUGACUACUCCUCGAGCAUUAAUAACUUCUCCGGUUAUAGAUUCUCCAUUAGUUACAAAAGAGUUAUCAAGAUCGACUAAUAACUUUCCAAGUUUUACAAGUCGAAUAAAGACAGCAAGCAAAAAAGAUCGCUUUAAUCACCCAUCUCAUAUACUAGCAACCGCAAGAAUAAUUGAACUUCAAUCCCCUAAAGAUCCAUUACUAAAGGCAUCUGUGCAGCACGAAUCUAUAUUAAGAUUAUUCAGAGGAUCUAGAGGAGAUCCAGCCUACAAUCCUGCAUUAACUAAAUUCCAGCCCCAUGAAGACUCACUCCUCGCUUUAAGAGUGGACAAGACCAUUGAAAAAAUAAUUUUUAAUACAGAAAUCUCUUAUAAUCUGUUGGGAUUUGAACGCCAGUAAACUGACUUACUAAUCGCAAUCAGUUUCCUAUUUCUUAUUCAUAAGGCUGCCUGCAGAAGCGAUUGGUUGUGACCAGUUAGCGUUUUAAAAACCCCAGCGGAUAAUUUUUCUCCACUUUGAGAAAGCAAAAAAAUUUUUCUCUCUGUAAAAGAGGCGGGUCAGUCAAACUUGAAAAAGAAGCUGAAGAAAAUGAAGAACAAGAUUUCGAAAAAUACAUCGAUGGCUUGAAAUUCAUGGACAAACUGAAAAGCGAGCUAAGCUUGAAUUUUCAAAUUGCAAGGAGUAAAGAAUUCAAUAAAGUACCUAAAAACCCAGCUCUUGGGAGUUUCUUUCAAGUUGAAAAAGAGCUUAAAGAAUUGCAAGAAACAAAACUCAGCCAACUAUUACAAAUGACUAGAGGUGAAAUGGUUAACAAAAUAUCGCAAUACUCUACAAUAGUGAGAGAUAUUAUUAGAGCCAUCAGAAAUAAGGACGGAGACGAUGAAGCAGUCAUUCUGGAAACCUUUUGGAGGAUUAUUGUCAAAACUUUUGAUACCUUUAUAAGGAUGCAUGAUCAGACUGUCGAGCAAUCUAUCAAUAUUUCUAUAUCAAAACUUAGAGCUUCUAUUGAGCAAAAUAGAGUAGAAAUAAGAGAUAUAAUCGACAAGUAUAAAAAUGAUAAGAGCUCUUAUGAAAAAAACAUCAAAGAAUUGACAAGUUUAUGUGACCAGCUGGCAAAAGAAAAAGUCAAUCUUAAGCAGAUUAUUCUGGAUAAAGAAAUCCAAAUUGCUGAAGUGACUGAAAUAGACAAUCGUUUUGAAGUAUUAAGAUCCAUGGGAAACUUAUUAAACGACCUUAAUUUAGUUAUCCUAGAAACUAAAGAUGAGCAAGAAAAGCAGGCAUUCACGCUGAACAAACUGACGAGCAUUAUGAGUGUUGCGCCACUAUUUGAAGACAAAAAAGAAGCACAUAUGCCAAAGCAGCAAGAAAUAGAAAUAAGAAGUUAG